AUCAAAUUGAUGAAAAUCUCAAACUGGCUCUGCAACAGGACCUGACCUCCAUGGCCCCUGGACUUGUCAUCCAAGCUGUGCGAGUGACAAAGCCAAAUAUACCUGAGGCGAUCCGCAGAAACUACGAGCUGAUGGAAAGCGAGAAGACAAAGCUUCUUAUUGCAGCCCAGAAACAGAAGGUGGUGGAAAAGGAGGCUGAGACAGAGCGAAAGAAGGCCCUCAUUGAGGCAGAAAAAGUGGCUCAGGUUGCAGAAAUCACCUAUGGGCAGAAAGUGAUGGAGAAGGAGACUGAGAAGAAGAUUUCAGAAAUUGAAGAUGCUGCAUUUCUGGCCCGGGAGAAGGCCAAAGCUGAUGCCGAGUGCUAUACUGCACUGAAAAUAGCUGAAGCAAAUAAGCUGAAGCUGACCCCAGAAUACCUGCAGCUGAUGAAGUACAAGGCCGUUGCUUCCAACAGCAAGAUUUACUUUGGCAAAGACAUCCCUCACAUGUUCAUGGACUCCUCAGGUCUAAGCAAGCCAUUCGAGGGGCUGGCUGACAAACUGGACUUUGGCUUAGAAGAUGAGCCCCUGGAGGCCACCACAAAGGAGAACUGAAAAAAAUUUAUACAGCCUCAGAUUGUGACACUUAGAGAGAUCUUUAUUUUUUAAGAUGACAUAGAAUGCUCCUUUCUCCCACACUACCUUCUUUGACUCCUUAAGGUACAGUGGUGAAAAAGAAGAAAUGGACUUAAAUCCAUCCCCGCUCUGGGAAGGGAGGUGGGAUGGAUCAUUUGGGUUUUAUUCAGGUAAGUAGGUUAUUUAACUUCUGAUUAGAUGUGUAAACCAUGGCUUGGACCUCUGACCCACGGGCACCAAUUUUGUCCCUUUAAAGCUGGCCUAAUUGGGGAUGCUAUCGCUACAGAGUGGAAGAAAUGUAGGCUGCUGCCUCCAGGUGGUUUGAUUUCCUUAUUUGGGAAAGUGCAGCCCACCCUUCUCUCCCUUGCCUCCAAGCAGGAGGUGUCUGUGGGCAAAACUCAUAACUGAGCAAAUUUGCGUUGUGGAGCAACAGCUGCAGGGAAUGUUGGCCUCCUGGGCGUUUUAGUCAGGAGCGAGUGUUGGUUAUCUUAGAGGUGAGCUUUUUGGAGCCCUCCUAAGAAAGAACCUGGUGCUAGGUUUUGCAAAUUUUCUAUACACUAUGCUCCUUGCACUAGGGCGAAGAGUGGUGGUUUCUGACUACAUCUGGUCAGGACUUGGUCACCACUUCACAAUUCUUUUUGAAAUGUUUUGCAUAAUCUGUGAUUUGGUUUUUUUUCUCUUCUUGAAUAAUCUGUUGUUUCCUCUCAGAAGACAGUAACAAACAAGUGUCUUACUAGCUGCUGAAGUGGGAUCAUUAUACCUGUUAGCCACCGAAGUACCUGCUUGGCAGAUUAUAUGUACCUAGAGACCAGGAGUCUUCAUUGUUGUGGAGAUUUUUCAUUCAAGGCCUCUGAUACCUGUGGGGCAGGAAGAAGGGUCAGUCAAGAGAUGCCCUAGUCAUAGUGCCUAUGGCUUGUGCUGGGAGUUUAUCUGACAAGGUGAUAAACAUGUUUUUAAAUCUAGGACUCCAGGCCACCUGGGGAUCAGACAGAAUGUUAAAUCUCCAGAGAGAGCUAUGUAUUUGCAAGUCAGAGUUCAUGCCUGAGGUCCUGGGUUGAACUGAGUCCUGGGCUGCAUCAAAAUCUAUUAAAAAUGUUUUCUUUUCCAUUCCUACUUAAGGAAGAUUAUGAGUCACCAUGGGAGAGUCAGGAUGGGGACAGCAGAUGGGAAAGAAAGGUUUUUCUAAUAUCCUGAAAUUCAGUAUGAGGGCAGGAGAUCCAACUUAUAUAGCCCAUGAGUGGUGUAUAGAAUUGGUAAGUGGAGGGCAGCUAUCUGGAGUGAAUUUGCAAGCGUAUUAUUCCCCGACCAUGACCAGCUCUAGCUUAGGACUUGGCCUUGUUAUCAGUUGUAUAUCCCCUCCAGCCCCUAAGAAAUAGAAACAACAAGCAUCUACUGUAUUCCUUUUCCCUAGGUGAAUGCCCUGAGUGAUACUGACAUUAAUCUUCACCUCAUUUGUGAUCCUGUACUCAGGCCAGCUUACUCAUAAGUGGCACCAGGUUUGUCAGGUAUUUGGGGGGCAUUCAGCCUGCCUAGAAGGAUACAAAAUGUUAACUCUCCUUACUUCAAAUGUUGCCCUUCUCUCUUCUUUUUCCUGGUACUGAGAAUUCUCAAAACAGUGGUCUUAAUCAUACUUUGUACAAGCAGCAAAGCAGUCCUUGGUGGGAUGGACUUUGAUGUGCUAGCAAAAGGAGGUCUUUCUUCCCAAGCCCAGCAUAGAACACUCAUUACUAAAAUGCAUUCAUCUUCCUUCCUCCCAUCAACGACCUGCUGUUAACCACUUGGUAGCCUCCCCUCUUCCCAUCUGUGUCUUUUCCUUGCACACUGAGCUCCUGCUGCCUAUGCCUUGGAAAACAGCUGUCCACUACAAUUGUCUCAGGAGUGGAGCAUCCCAGCCUCUCUGAAUAUCACACCCUCCUCAGGUUCUUAACUGGAAAAUCCCAUACUAACAUCCUAUGAUAGCUUGUCCCUCAGCCACAAAAGCCUCAAAGGCCUGCUGAACUGCUCACUCCCCAUGUUAAUGUCACUUCCUCUCUAAACAAAAAAUGUACAUGUUGUCAUGCCCAUCAACAUAAACCCAGUGGUCAUGGGUACUGGUUAAAGCAUGAAAAUAUGGAAGACAGCUUUCUCCUUAGCAUGGGAUAUCUAACCCAUCUGUCUGUGUAACUUUAUUAUUUUAAUACAUACUAGAAAAUUUAAUCUUAAAAUAUUUGCAUUCUGAACAUGUAAAAUGUGAUAAGCCUAUAAUUUUGUAGGCAGUUAAGUCAUGGCUGCUAUUUUUAAGUGGAACUUAUAUCAAAACAAGUAACUUUAUAAAAUUCAGUUUUUGUAGGAUUUUCCAAGGAAGUCAUCUUGGUAGACUGUUUCUCACUCAUUAAACUUUGCAGAAACGACUCAUAUUCAGUACUGUUUUUAAUCACUUUUUUUAAUACAGGGCAGAAUGUUUGUAAGAAAGCCAAAGUUUGUUAAUUUUUAUAUAACUAAAAUAAAAUAGAUUUGGAGAGAUCUGUGAUCAUAUUAAGUUGAGGGAGGGAGUCAUUAAGCAAAGCUUAGCAAUAUAUUAAUCCAAGAAAGGAGAUGUUCUAUAAGUGAACUAUGGCAGUUUCUAUGACUCUGGGUGUGUCUCAACACUGAUAGUUUUAUCAGUUAGAGCAAACAGUGAAAGAAAAAUGAUCAUCACUGACUUUAACUGUUUAAGUUUGAGGAUAAAUUGUAUCUUAGUAAAUAGCUACUCUUACUUCUUGGUUUUAUUUAGCAGGGUUCUGUCUGCUGUUUUUGUUGUUUCCUUAUAAAAGUAGUAAUAGGUGAUCAUACUGUGUUUAUAUUUCCAUUCCUUCAUAUCUCUACCUUUUUUGUAAGCUGGUGAUUGAACAAAGUAAUUUUUUCAAAAAUGUCCCAAGGGCUUAAUGACCCCCUUUAUAUCUGAGAAAUGAUUCUUGCUAUAUUUAUCAUUCUAUAAAUGAUUUUGCUGGAUUAAUUGCUUUAGGUUGAUAGCAGAAGGAAGUGACAACACAAAGGGUCUCAUGUGAAUUUAUGUCUUAGUUUUAUUUUCAGU